UACCGACGUUUUUUCUUACUUAUAAAGUAAAAUGUGUUUUUUGUCUAAGUUUGACCAUCCUUGUCCCCAGGGUCCUUUACCCCUGAACUGUUACUACGGAUAAGCCAAUAUCAAUAAUGACAAUGGUACAGACUGAUUACGUGAUAAAUGAUCAUGUGUCUUUCCUGUGCCAGGGCCUUUUCGCUGAUCAACUUAAUUAUAAAGAAGAAAUGUCCUGGGAACGAGAUUGGCUUAUUGUAUACUUGUGUUGUUGUUGUUGUUGUUGUUGUUGUUGUUGUAGAGAUAUCCUAUGCUUACAAAUGGAAUACCAUAAAAAGGCGUAAUCAAGCGCAGCGCUUAUCAGCGGUGAUAUUAGUAAAAUGUUGGUGCGCUUAUCUGAGGGUAGGCUUAUUUACGAGUGCGCUUAUAAUAACGGAAAACGAAAGAAUAACUAAAUAAUUUAUUUCAAUAAUGUGUAUUGCCCUAGAAGGUUCAUAUAAAGUACAAAUUAAAAUUGCUCUAUACGUACUAAAAUGUCUCUCCUCCUUAGGUGCAAUUAUCUACGGGUGCGCUUAAACCGGGUGCGUUUGAUUACGGCAUCGGUAUCGGAUGUGUUUUUCCUGAUCCUAAAAUUUUAUACUGCAUUUUAUAGUAAAGGCUUAUAUCAACCUCAUCUCCAGGGAACUUUUUCUCUUCCUGACGGUGAGAUUAUUAGCGUACUAAUUUCCCACACGCGAUUUUACGAAAAGGUGUUUACAACGGAACGUGUUGAGAAAGAAGUGAUUGAAGUGUCUGUUUUCUUUAAAUUUUACCUAUUUUAUUUACGCUGAUCUAAAAAUAUAAUUUGUACUGGCUUGUUCUCGUGGAAUGUUUGUUUUUUCAAUGACCCCAUUGUUAUUACUAGCACGAGAAUGAUAAACUCUGUUCAAAAUCUUUUAUUAUUCAUUAUAAAGAAUCUGUGUAUAAGCUUUUUAGAUUUGAAAAAGAGAAAAAAAAACGUUUACUUCAAAAUGUAAGUGCUGUAGCACAUUGGGGGUCGAGGGGCGAGGUUUUGGCACGGCUCUAUUAAAAGUUUUUGUCAAUCACCCCAUUUUUAAUGGUAGAAAGGCUGGUGUAGAGGAAUCAUUUUUAGCUAAUCUAGAUGGCCUCCCCCCCCUCCCUUUCACUCCACAAAAACGUCGGUGCUAGCUGCAGCAUUAAAGAACUUUUUUAAAAAGUGUCGAUUUUUUCCCAAAACCACAGGAAACGAUUAUAUGCCGCACAAAAUGUAUCGACGUAAUCUUGUGAACGCAUUUGUAGAUAAAGUGUCUAACUAAGCUGCACUGCCAGAGCAAACAAACACGUUUUAAUUCAUAAAAUAAAUACACGAACGAACAUUCAACAUUCAACAUGCGUCCUUCAACUACACUUAAGCUAGAAGUGAAGGGAAGAAGGACAUGAAAAGACGUGUGACAACAUCACGAUGAUUUUAACAAUAGGUAUGAAUGUGCACUCGAAAAUAACAAUUGAAAAUGAAACUCAACUCUUAUUCCACCGCAUGCGAACUAACCACAAUAUUUCUUUAUAUUUUUUUAAGAGAAAAGAAUGUUAUGUGGCGUAAAAUCAUCACCAGCCAGAUUGACUCAAAGUAGAAAGAAAAGAUUUUCUUCAGCAAGUAGAAGUUCAGAGGAAGUCCAAACAGAGAUGAUUUCUUUGUACAAAUGUGGAGACAACAGCACAUCGCGUACCACAUCUGUUGUUUGGGACGAUGGAGCCUCGAUUAAAUCUCACGAGGAAGAGGAAGAAGCCUUCAAGUUUACACGAAGUCAAUCUUACAAGCUAAAAAGUGGCAGUUUUCAACGCUCACGUAUAAGAGGAAAAAUAUCAGAAGCAGAUGAAGAUAUAGGCUCAUUGGAUGUAAAUUUAAACAGAUACAGUAAAGAUACAGUUUUUAACACCCGGCUCGGCCGUCGUCGUAAAUCUGCUUCAUUCAGUGAAUUUAGUGUAUUGGAUACCUCUUCGACCAGUACCAUCAACAGUGACAGAACGUCCGACUAUCCUGUUAAUAAUCGAAGCAACAAGCAAAAUAAAAGGUCUCGAUCAACCAGUGUACAGAACGCGGGAAAAAGAUACGCUCAAGUUCAAGCAACAUCAUUCGACGAAAAUUUGACGUCGAUUUCAUAUGCUCGAAGAUUUCACCAGUACAAACAACAGCCUGAUUAUGCCGAUAGUGUGACGGGGUCUUACCAAUCUAGCGAUGAAAACGUGUCCGAUGGAAGUAACGAAUUGCUGUUCAAGAGAGGAGAGACCUGGAGAACACCCUUCGUAAGCCAUCAAGGGAUGUUGAAGUUACGAAAACAACAAGCAGAGCACAAUACAGAAAAGUUACCAGAGAUUAAAGUGCCUGAUAUAUGCACCGAGUGCGAAAAUUUACGAAGCGAACACAAACAUACAGACGACGAGGCGGAGCGGAAAACAGAAGAUAGAAAUCUGCAUGCGGUAUCUCAGCUAGCACCAGAUAGACUGGAGGGUGAAACGGAGGAAGAUGCAGAGAUUAGAAAACGCGCGGUCCAAUCAAGGACACGCAGUCGAGGUUCGGCAACUGUUGUACAUAUCCCGACAGCUAGUAUACAAAUGGAUCUACAUACACUAUACUUGGAAAGUAUUACACCAAAGACGAUGAAAAAAGGGAAAACAAUGGAUGAAUCUAAAGCAAGGCGGCUGCAACGCUCCUCACACAUAUACUCCAUGUUGGAUGAUGAUAACGAAAAGAAAGCUGGACGCUUUGCUCAAUUGAGACAACGCUUCAAACGGGAAGAAAACAGCUCUUUGGAUGAAUUUCAAAAUUUUAUGCAGCAUCUUCAAAGUAAUUUAGUGGAAGUCAGUGACCAUAAUCUGGCCAUCUAUAAGGAUAGCCAUUGGUCCACCAUCAGCCGCUUUAACGAAAACUACAACGGUGUAGAAGAAGAAAUGAUAAAAGCAGCAAAAAUAUCUGAACAAGAGAGAGACAGAUAUGAAGCCCUUUGGGAGUUAUUUUAUGCUGAAGUUUGUUAUUUAGUCGACCAUUUGCUUGUCCUGCAAAAUGUUUUUGUCAAGCCACUAGAACAUGCUAAAAGUUUUGGAUAUCUGCAGUCAGUAGAUGAGAAUAUUUUAUUUGCAAACUUGGAAUGUUUAAUAGAAGUAAUAUCACAGUUUGCAGAAAAGCUUUUGAACAUAUUUAAAAACUGUCGUGUGUCAGUGAGUAAAAGCACAAAAACUAUUGUAGCUGCGUUCAAAGAAUUUGAUGAUAUGCUAACACCUCAAUACAAUGAAUACUGUUUGAAUUACCAAGGAGCUAAGGAGCAUUUGACUGCUCUAAAAGAAAAUGAAUUAUUUAUAGAAUUUAUAAGGUUAUGUGAACAAGACGAAAGGUGCCAACGUAGAAAACUUGAAGAUUUUCUUGUGGCUCCACUGCAACAUCUGACUAAAUAUCCUCUGCUGUUGAAAGCUAUCCGAAAACGCACGCCUAAAGAUGACAUCAACAAUCAGCUCUUGACAACUACUAUAUUUGAUAUUGAACAAUCAAUAAAAACAAUUGAAAAAAAGAUAUCGUCAUUAGUCAAUACAAAACGGUUGCAAGAAAUAAUGGAAUACGUACACUGGCCCGUUAUGCCAGACAUGGAUCAAAAAUCAAUCAUACCAGAGAGCGUGAGAGCUGAACUUCAUAACAAUCAUUGUGACACCACGUUGAUGAAUCCGAACAGACAGCUCAUCCAGGAGGGCUACCUAACUUUAACAGAUAGUAACAAGUCAGAAUUUUAUGUUUUCCUGUUUGACGACAUGUUACUGGUCACAAAGAGUGGAAAGAAAAUGAAGCGACGUCACACUGGAACAGAGGAAAUAAAAAUCCAUCAAGACCAGACUCUGAAGAAAAAACAGCAAUCCAUGAGAGAACUUGCAACACAUAAUCUCUACACCGUUCAUAGACAGCCUAUACCUCUCGACCGACUGAAAGUUUAUGACUGUGAGGAUCAAACAACAGCGUUCAAAAAUGCUUUCAGUGUCGUACAUUACAAUCGAUAUCAUCAAGCUGUUUCGGUGUACACAUUUCAAGCGCCAACCGAAGACGAGAAAAAGAUUUGGUUGCGCAGCAUAAAAAAAGCGCGAGAUGACGUCAUCACGGAAGCGUAUUCGUCGUCGACCAAAGAUAUUUCGUCGGAUGAAGAAUAUAUGUUAUAAGUCGGCGACACUUUUAUUCUAAAUCUAUUUCAUUAGGCUUUUGACUAUAGAAACUCUUGCUUCUAAAAAAUAACGAGUUUUACUUAAAAAACCAAUAUCAUUCAUAUCGGCUGCUGGCGGCUUCUUUUUGUAAAUAAUUUUUGUAAAUUUUGAAACGUAGAUAUUUUAAGUUUUUUUUUGUUGGAAAGAAAAUGAAAAACAACAUAUUGAAUUUUAAUUAAUUUUAAAUAAUAAUAUUUACAAAUCUACCCCCUCCCCCCCAAAAAAUAAUAAUAAAUAAAAAAAUAAAAAAUGAAUAAAGAAUAAAAAAUAUAUUUUUGUGGAGACUAGGCACCAAAAUCCAAGUUCGUUACCACAAUGGUUGUGUAGGCCAUUUCUUAAGUCAAUCCUGUCAUUCGCAUUCACAAC